CGAUUUCAGGCCGUGUUCAGCGCUAACACCGAAGGGGCGAGUCAGGCCAAAGCAUCUGUUCUGUGCAGCGCCCUCAGUUCAGUAUGGCGUGCGCCGGGAUUGAUGUGGGCGAUGCCACCAGCUGCAUUGCGUUAGCCCGCAAAGGAGGCGUGGAUGUGCUGCUCAACAAAGAGAGCAAGCGCGAGACGCCCAGUGUGGUGACCUUCACCCACAAGCAGCGCAUGAUGGGCACCGACGCGUCGGGCGGCAUGUCUACCAACCCGCGCAACACCAUCAGCCAGCUCAAGCGACUGCUGGGCAAGAAGUUCAACGACCCGCAUGUGCAGGAGGACCUCAAGAACUUCCCCUACAAAGUGGAGGCAGGGCCCGACGGCGAGUGCGUGUUCAACGUGGAGUACCAGGACAAGCAGGCGAGGUUCUCGGCGGUGCAGCUGCUGGCCAUGCUGCUGGUGGACCUGAAGCUGAUUGCCGAGGCGGAGGGGUCGCCCGUGUCGGAGUGCGUGCUGGCGGUACCGGUGUACUUCACGGAGCCGGAGCGGCACGCCAUGCUGGCGGCGUCUCAGAUUGCGGGCCUCAACUGCCUGCGCCUGCUGAACGAGACGAGCGCCACUGCGCUGGCCUACGGCAUCUACAAGACCGACCUGCCCGAGGGCGACCCAGUCAACGUCGUGUUUGUGGACGUGGGCUUCGCAUCCACCCAGGUGUGCGUGGUGGCGCUGAAGAAGGGGCAGCUGCAGGUGCUGUCCAACGCGUGGGACCGCGACCUGGGCGGCCGCGACCUCGACAACGUCCUGUUCGACCACUUCUGCAAGGAGUUCAAUGAACGCUACAAGAUCGACGUGCGCAGCCAGCUGCGCGCCUGCCACCGCCUGCGCAUGGGCUGCGAGAAGGUGAAGAAGGUGCUGACCACCAACCCCGAGGCCCCCAUCAACGUCGAGUGCAUCAUGAGCGACGUGGACGCACACGGCGUCAUCACGCGGGAGCAGUUUGAGGAGGAGGCCAAGCCGGUGCUGGACCGCCUGCUGGCGCCUGUGCAGAAGGCGCUGGCCGCGGCGGGCCUGGAGCCCAGCCAGGUGGCCAGCGUGGAGGUGGUGGGCGGCACCAGCCGCGUGCCCGCCGUGCUGCGCCAGCUCACCGACUUCUUCGGCCGCGAGCCGUCUCGCACGCUCAACGCCAAGGAGACGGUGUCUCGCGGCUGCGCGCUGCAGUGCGCCAUGCUGAGCCCCACGUUCAGGGUGCGCGACUUCCAGGUCCUGGACUCCUUCCCAUACGGCGUGCAGUUCAGGUGGGGGGGCGGGCUCCGGGCGGGGGGCAGAAGAAAGGACGGCACCACCGUGUUUGAGCGGGGCAGCCUGGUGCCCUCGGCCAAGAUGCUGACCUUCUACCGCGCCGAACCCUUCACCAUCAAGGCAGAGUACACGCCCGACUCCGACAUCCCCUCCACCGCAGACCGCAGCAUCGGCAGCUUCACCAUCGGGCCAUUUGCCCUGGCGCCCGGCGCCGACAAGGCCAAGCUCAAGGUCAAGGUCAUGCUCAACCUCAAUGGCGUGGUGGUGGUGGAGAAUGCGCAGAUGAUUGAGGAGGAGGAGGUGGAGGAGGAGGUGCCCGCCGCUGCGGCGCCCACCACCGCAGCAGACCAGCCCAUGGCGGAUGCCGAGGCGGGCAAGGAGGCGGGCGAGGAGGCGGGCGCGGCAGCAGAUGCGGCCGCGGGCGGGGACGCCGCGGCGGCAGCCGCCGACGGCCAGGCGCCGAUGGCAGAGGAUGCUGCUGGUGCGGCUGCGCCUCAAAAGGUGGUGAAGAAGAAGGUGAAGAAGCACAUGGUGCCCUUCGCCUCGCACACCGCCGCGCUCAGCUCGGAGCAGCUGCAGAAGCUGUAUGAAGUGGAGGUGGAGCUGGCACUGCAGGCGCGCAUCCAGGCUGAGACCAACGACGCCAAGAAUGCGCUGGAGGCGUACAUCUACGGCCUGCGCAACCACCUGUACGACGCGCUCAGCCCGUAUGUGCGGGAGGAGGCCAAGGCCAAGCUGCUGGAGCAGCUGGAGGCGCUCGAGAACUGGCUGUAUGAGGAUGGCGAGGAUGAGGCCAAGAGCGUGUAUGUGUCCAAGCUGGCUGAAGUGCGCAAGCUGGGCGACCCUGUGGAGGCGCGCGCCACAAACGCGGCCGCGCUGCCCGCCGUCGCAGCCAGCCUGCGCAGCACGUGCCAGGUGAGGCAGGGGCGCUUCCUGGCGGCGUUGAGCGAGGCGCGCACCGCGCACCUGGAGGAGGAGGAGAAGCAGAAGGUGUCGACAGAGUGCCAGGCGGCGCUGGCGUGGCUGGCGGAGAAGGAGGGCCUGCAGAAGCAGCUGUCAAAGUUCGACGACCCGGUGCUGCAGGCGGCGGAUGUGGAGAAGAAGGAGGGGACGGUGCGGCGCGUGUGUGAGCCCAUCCUCAGCAAGCCGCCGCCAGCACCCAAGAAGGAGGAGCCGGCGGCGGCGGCGCCCGCAGAGGAGGGCGAGGAGAUGGACACGGAUGCAGAGGUGGGCCCGCAGCCGCCAGGGGAGGACGAGCAGGAGCAGCAGCAGGAGACGCCGAUGGAGGCGUGA